AUGGGCGGACGCGAUCACCUGUUCAAAGUGCUGGUGGUGGGGGACGCCGCGGUGGGCAAGACUUCCCUGGUGCAGCGAUACUCCCAGGACAGCUUCAACAAACAUUACAAGUCCACGGUGGGAGUGGAUUUUGCUCUGAAGGUUCUCCAGUGGUCUGACUCAGAGGUGGUGCGGCUCCAGCUGUGGGAUAUUGCAGGGCAGGAGCGCUUCACCUCCAUGACACGGCUAUACUAUCGGGAUGCCUCCGCCUGUGUUAUUAUGUUCGACGUCACCAACGCCACAACCUUCACCAACAGCCAGAGAUGGAAACAGGACUUGGACAGCAAGCUCACGCUGCCUAAUGGAGAGCCCGUGCCCUGCCUGCUCUUGGCCAACAAAUGUGAUCUGUCCCCCUGGGCAGUGAGCCGAGACCAAGUUGACCGGUUCAGUAAAGAGAAUGGUUUCACAGGUUGGACAGAAACAUCGGUCAAGGAGAACAAAAAUAUUAACGAGGCCAUGAGAGUCCUCAUUGAAAAGAUGAUGAGCAAUUCCAGAGAAGAUAUGUCUUUGUCCACCCAAGGGGACUACAUCAAUCUGCAGACCAAGCCCUCCUCCAGCUGGGCGUGCUGCUAG